AUGGAGCGCAUUCACCAAGAGCAACAACAGCAACAGCAUGAAGCGCAGAGACCAUCACAAUAUAUUCAGCAACCACUGCCAGCGGCACCUCCACAACCAGGCCAGCCUUUUAUGCCAGGACCGUCUUCAACGCCCGCUCCACCGCAAUCAACACACGCCCAACAACCCCUUUUGAAUGAUGCUCUGAGCUACCUUAACCAAGUCAAAGUACGAUUCAGCGAUCGUCCAGAUGUGUAUGACAGGUUUCUGGACACCGUGAAGGACUUCAAGAGGCAAGUGAUCGAUACACCAGGAGUUCUUAAGCGUAUCUCAAAUCUCUUCAACGGCCAUCCUACCCUAAUCCGAAGGUUUAACAUCUUCCUCCCACCUGGAUACUUUAUGGAAUGUGGGACCGAAGGGAACCCAGACGCCAUCAAGGUCACAACUCCCAGUGGGACGAUGACCCAUUUCCUCUAG